AACCCAGCGUCAUCCCGCGGUUCCAGAGCUACUGUUUACCCACUGAAAAUCACCCGAAAACGCAGCGGAUCCCGAUGGCAUGGACACUUAUGCAAGGUCUGCCGCGCUGUCGUGCUACUGGAGCCUACUUGCUGUCUCUUCAUUCAACCCAGCUCCAUCGCCAUCGCCCCGCAGCCGAGAGAGCCCUGCCGCAACGCGACCAGCGACCACCGAGCCAAAGCAGGCGGCAUGAGGCUUGAUUCAGUACAUUUAUCCAUGCUGGUCAUCGGGGUCUCAUUCGCCUGCUACUCCCCGAGUUUGAAUUCCCUGCAGGACCAGGCUUACAAAUCCGCCGUGGUGAUCGAGGGCAAGGUGCAGUCUACGCCUGUGAACGUCUCUGCGGAGCCGUACCGUGUGAAUGUCAAAGUGCUGGAUGUUUGGCCCCUAAACAGCGGGGGUCUGGAGCGAGAACAGCUCGUCACCGUGGGGGAAUUUGGAUCUGAGGCUCCGUGCACCAAAGUGAAGAAAAACCACAAGUACAUUUUUUUCAUGGACCCCACUGACGAGCCCUUGGUUUUUAAGGCAUCGUUCGCGCCUCUUGACACCAGUGGAAAGAACCUAAAAAAGGAUGUUGGAAGGAUCUUGUGUGAGGACUGCGCUGCGGCUCCAAAGUUAAAACCGAUGAAAAAUCCAAUGAUAGUGGACGAGGGAAGCAAGCUCACAGUUAGGUGCGAGGCCACAGGAAACCCUGCCCCUACCUACAGAUGGUUCAAAGAUGGCAACGAGCUGAAGAAAAGCAAAAAAGUCAAAAUAAAGAGCGGCAAGAAAAACUCCAGAGUCCAGAUCAGCAGAGCAAAACUGGAGGAUUCUGGGAAUUACACAUGUGUGGUGGAGAACCCGCUGGGAAAGGACAACUCCACUGGCACUGUUAACGUCCAAAGCAUGACCACAACGCUAUCUCCAGGCUCAGGCCAUGCCAGAAAAUGCAACGACACAGAGAGAGCCUACUGUGUGAAUGGCGGCGACUGUUACUUCUUCCAUGGUAUAAAUCAGCUUUCCUGCAAGUGUCCAAAUGACUUUACUGGUGAUCGCUGUCAAACCUACGUUAUGGCCAGUUUCUACCAGCAUCUUGGGAUUGAAUUUAUGGAGGCAGAGGAACUCUACCAGAAAAGAGUCCUGACAAUCACGGGUAUUUGUGUGGCUCUCUUGGUCGUGGGCAUCGUGUGUGUGGUUGCCUACUGUAAAACCAAGAAACAAAGAAACAGGAUGCACAAUCAUCUGCGACAAAACAUGUGUCCAGAACAUCCCAAUCGUAACUUAGCUAAUGGACCCAAUCACCCAGGACCCGGCCCGGAGGAUAUCCCUAUGGUAGAUUACAUAUCAAAGAAUGUCCCUGCGACUGAACGUGUUAUACGGCCUGCUACAGAGGGCUCAUUUCCUGCCAGUCAUGCCUCUUCCAGAUCUCACAACUCUUCCACACGAGCUCAUUCAUCAACUCACAGACAUGAGGAACGGACAUGGAGCCUGGAACAUUCUGACAGUAUCCUCUCUGACUCGCCGGGAAUGAUGUCAUCAUCCGUGGGGACCAGUAAAUGCAGCAGCCCUGCGUGCAUGGAGGCUCGAGCACGGCGCGCUGCACACUGUGGUUACUCUGACCCCCAUCGGCCGAGGCUGCAGUACGGGGACUCCUUCGACUCGCUGGGAGACUCUCCGCACAGCGACAGAUACGUAUCAGCCCUGACAACACCAGCCCGCCUAUCCCCAGUGGAUUUCCAUUACUCAUUGCCCCCGCAGGUGCCUACCUUCCAGAUCACAUCCCCCAAUGCCAGCCACGCCAUGUCGCUCCCUCCUGCUGUUCACAAUCCGUACCCCCUGGAGGAUGACCAGCCUCUGCUGCGCCGCUACCAGGUGCCCCUACACGAUGCUCAUUGCCAGGAGCCUUACCGGCAGCAGCGUCGAACCUAUCUAAAUGACAGCAGGGGAAGCCUUCCCUCCAGCCCCUACCGGCUGGCUGAGGAUGAAGACUAUGAGACCACCCAGGAGUAUCUGUCCUCUCGGGAGCAACCAAAGAGAAGUGGGUCCAGUGGAACUGGAAGCCGGCGCUGGCGGAGAUCCAGACUGAAUGGCCACGUGGCCCCACGAGGAUACGAGGCAUCUCGGGACUAUGGGUCUCGAAGCUGUCUAACAGAUAGUGAGUCCGAGGAGGACGGCGAGAGCACGCCCUUCCUCAGUAUGCAGAACAUGAACGCCGAGCCUUCCACCAUCUACAGGCCGGCGGACAGUCGGACUUCUAACUCGUCAGGGCGACACAGUGGGCACGGGAACACGCAUACGAGACUCACACAGUCACGCUCCAAACCGGACAAUACACCGCAUUAAAGAGUGAUAAUGAACCGACAAAAAUCAAUAUAGUAUAGACCUGCAUCUAUAAGAAAUAUUUUUAUUUUAUAUAACUGACAGAUAUUCUAAACAAAUGAAAUAUUUAUUUUCAUUUUAGCAAAAGUUGUCUACUAGUUAACAGCAAAGACUUUUUUAUAGGGAAAACUCUAUUUAUAUGUACAUUUUGAUUUACAGCAUAAAAAGAUGUGCCAGUUUUUUCACAAUGUUAAAAAAUAGAGUAAUAUUGUGGUGCCUUUUGCUGUAUGCCGAUGCCAGAGGGCCAGUGGAGGUUUUUGUAGCCUUUCUUAUAUGGACGCCUCAUUUUUUUAUACACAUUUAUUUUGUUGUUUUUCCUCUCUGGUUUCCUGUUUACUUUCUUUCCAAAUUGCAUUCUUCGAGAAGUCUAACCCCUUCCAUAUCACACGAUAUAAACCACUUCAACAUAAAGUGUAUGUUUACAUAUGAUAAUAUGAUUCGCCUGUAGGGUUUUCUUUUAUGAUUUGGGAUUUAUUAGAACGCCUCAUAAAUGCGAUGUAGAUUCUUUUCUUUUUUCUUUUUUUUUUUGCCCGCUAACUAAUGUCUACCAAGAGAAAGAGAGUCACAGAGAGUGAGAAAUUGUGUUGCGUGUGCAUAAAUGUCUGCGAGUGUGUGUGCGCGCGUGCUCGUGCGCACCUGUGUGUGUGUGUGUGUGUGUGUGUUGCUUGCAUGCGUUUGUGACUGUUAGAUGAACUUCACUGUUUGUUGUGGUAACAUCAAAUGUGUGGGUCUACUGGUGUCUCAGGAGAGUGAGAGUAAAGAGUCUCGGAGGUUCACAGAAAAGUGGUUAAUCAGAACAGUGACCCCAGUGUAGGUGAGCAGACAAGGCUGCUGUAGGGUUGUAUGUUAUGCAGGUCAUUGCUUGAUGUGUUUACAGCUAUUCUGCCCUUCCCCAGCCCGCCCCAUUUACGUCCUUUUAUUUUAUUAUUUUUUUUGAAAAUUAUUAUUUCCCAGCAGGUUUUCCUUGCUUUAGCCUAGUAUGUGGCCAACAAACACUGAGCCGCUUGGCACAGGGUGACCCCUGCUGUCAGAGGCAGUGGCAAAACAAAAAGAUUGCAUCUGUUUUCACUCGAACCCCUAAAUCCCGCGCCUAAUCAUUCUUCUGUGUCCAUUCUGUUUUCGUGGCUCACGUUUAAGGCCACCAGCGUCUCAGGAUUUCCACAUUGCCCACCCCACCCCCCCGGCCUCCAAAACGAAUCCGCCUCCCCUUCACCUCAAGCCCUGCUCAACCUCUUCCUCAAGUUUAGGUCUACCUAAGAUUCAAGUUCUCAGAUGCUGAGGACCUAUAUGUUAACAGGCAGUUACUAGUUCCCCGAUCAUUCCCAUGCAGAGAAAAGUUGAGUCAGGUGGAAGCAGCUCAGUGGAUCACAGUACAGAGCAUACUAGACAAUAUUAACGAAAUAGCUGUGAAACUUUGGAGGAUCAUAUGAUGCAAAAAUAUGCAAACUUUCUAUUUUGCUGUUUGAUUACAUCAUUUUCUAAGAGGUGACUGUAGUGUGUUGUGUGGAAAAAAAAAUGUGAUGCCUAUAGUGUAGAAUGAAAUAACAUGAUACAAAUGCAUAUUUACCUGAGUUAUUUUUUUAAAGCCAUUAUGCAGCCGUCUAUCAUGUUUUCAGCCUUUCUUGUUCACUUAACGUCACGUCCAUUGAAUGACUGUGUCUGUGAAUUAUUUUAUCACUCGGCUUAGAUCCCUCCAUCUUACGUGCAUACUUCCCAGUAAUAGCCGAUAGAAUCCAAAUAGUUCCUCCUCUGAUAGUAAUGUGUACUGCUUUGUCUUGUUUACUGAUGGAGUCAUUUAAAAUUUAGCCUGUAAAUGAUGAUUUUGAAAGUGAAUAAAUUCAUUUUAAGCCCUUUGUCCUCCACUGAGGGAGAAGUAAAUAUUUGAAAGAUACCUCAAAGUCACAGCCGUCAGUGUGGCUGGCAGAGAAAGGACAGCUGAUGUUUCAUCUCUGUCGGUACAUUUCUGCUCCUCCUUAUUAAAAAUAAUGGAAUGCUGCAAUUAGGGGGGAAAAAUGCCUUUUAAACACUGAUCUGCAAUUCUGACUGGUAUAUGGUAAAUGCACAGCGGCACUGCAAUAGAGGAUGGUCACACAUCGGUCACAACAUGCAGAUGUUUUCAUUGAGUUUCUCACCUCUGGGUCUAAUUUUGUAUGUCAGAAAAGUGCAAAAGAAGACUUCACCUCCAGUUUAAAUGUGACAGCCCCUUCACCCUGCCAGUCCUCUCACCCACUCGAGAUACUACCGGGCACGUCCAAUCAGCCUCUUCUGUUGAAAUUUAUGACCCCCCACCCCCACCCGACCCCACCCUCGCUUGAAAUGUUUGAACACCUCUCCUCUGCAUGUCCUUGUGGUCAAGGUUAGAUGGGUGCAUGGUUUAAAAAAAAAGAGAUUAAAAAAAAAAUCACACAAAAAAAGCAGCAGACAAUUCUUUUCCAGUCAGUGAAAGUGUAUUUCAUUUAACAUUCAGCAAUAAAAAAGAACCUUUCCCCCAUGUCAUUCCUGAAAUAUGCUAGAAAAAAGAAAAAACUUGCGAGAUUGUCAUAGAUUGUAAAAUACAAUGAAAAAUGAAUCCACCUGUUCAUAUGAGAAAAUAAAUCUUUAUUCAUAUCAUUUUAUGUUGUAGUCAUUUCUGUAGACCGCCUUG